CCGUCAGUGGUGCUUGUUGAGGCCUUGGCUGAAAGCAUGAGUGAGUUCUGGCUGUGUUUCAACUGCUGCAUUGCAGAGCAGCCUCAGCCUAAAAGGCGACGGCGGAUUGACCGAAGUAUGAUUGGAGAGCCAACCAACUUUGUGCACACAGCUCAUGUAGGAUCCGGAGACCUAUUUAGUGGGAUGAACUCAGUCAGCUCCAUUCAGAACCAAAUGCAGUCAAAGGGAGGCUAUGGAGGUGGCAUGCCUGCCAAUGUGCAGAUGCAGCUCGUGGACACAAAGGCAGGAUAGCCCUGGUGCCUUCAUCUGUCAUUGUGAAUUCCUGCAUUUUCUCUGUCCACAGUUCUAUAAUAUUUUUGUCUUGUGAUUGGAUUUCUUUUAUUUUUAUUAUAAAAAAGAAGUGUGGCGGCAACCUGU